CGUGGGGUUCAGAGCUACAGGUGCCUGACGAGAAUGCUGUCCAAACACCCUUCAUCCUAACCCUACCAGAUCCCCCUCCUCCCCAUACACAGACAACCCCCACUCCCCCGGUCUUCCUCUGGGCGGGCAGGGCUGCAGCAGUUCUACGAACGGCACGGCUGCAUCAUGAACACUUUCCCACUGAACCAGCCCCGUGGUGUUUCAUUGACAAACAUUCCGGUUGCUGCAUUUCUGUCACCAACAGCGUCGAGCAGCGGUGCAUCGCCGGGGGAGCGGUGCAGAGCAGCAGCACCAGAAGAAGCAGCAGCUGCAGUGAUCAUCAAAAACAAGCCCCGGUGUCGUUCGCACCAGCUUACACGCUGUUGAUUUGCCACUUGGACCCGGUCCGUCUUCCUGUACGCUCUCUCGGGACAGCCAAGAUUCACCUGAGAAGUGUGUGUGGGGUGUCAGACAGCUUUUGCAACCCAGACCCAUUGGGGUAUGUGAGGCAGCAUCAUUAACGCUCAUCCACUGGUACGUUGCCGGAUCUGCCUGACGGCUUCAUGAAGCGCCCGGACGCACAGAUGGAGGAUUCGGGACGCUUUUUACAAUCACGGAUAUCUACGAGGCUGCAACGGACGAUGUGUGAUGCGAACUAGGCUGUGGGUGGUAUAGACCCCGUCCCAGCACACCCCGACCGCCUUAUUUGCGAACCCUCCCUCAAACCGGGACGCACAGCCUUGGUGCACUCCACCGGGGGAAUAUGUCCCGGGCAGCGGCUAUCGCCAGCUCCCUGAUCCGCCAGAAGCGGCAGGCAAGGGAGCGGGAGAAGGCGAACGCUUGUCGCGGAAGCAGCAGCCCGAGCAACAGCAAAGGCACAAACGAGAAGCCGAGCAAGCUGAACGUGUUUUCGCGUGUCAAACUGUUUGGUUCGAGGAAGAAACGGAAAAGAAAGCGACCACCAGAGCCCCAGUUAAAGGGCAUUGUGACCAGGCUUUCCAGUCGCCAGGGCUUCCAGCUGCAGAUGCAGCCUGAUGGCACCAUUGACGGAACCAAGGAUGAAGACAGCACCUACGCUGUGUUCAACCUGAUCCCAGUGGGGCUUCGUGUGGUGGCCAUCCAGGGCGUCCAGACCAAACUCUACCUGGCAAUGAACAACGAAGGCUUUCUCUACACCUCUGAACAUUUUACUCCAGAGUGCAAGUUCAAGGAGUCAGUAUUUGAGAACUACUACGUCACCUACUCCUCCAUGUUGUACCGCCAGCAGGCCUCUGGCCGGGCCUGGUACCUGGGCCUCAACAAGGAGGGCGGAAUCAUGAAGGGAAACCAUGUCAAGAAAAACAAGGCCGCUGCACACUUCAUACCGAAACCACUGAAAGUGGCCAUGUACAGGGAGCCCUCCCUCCAUGACCUGACAGAGCUCUCACGGUCAGGCAGUGGCACACCGACAAAGAGUCGCAGCGCUUCGGCCUUACUCAACGGCGGAGGGAAGACACCCAGCAACAAUGACUUAUCCUAGCCUCUCACCUCUCUCUCUCUCUCUCUCUCUCUCUCUCAGACAUACAUACACACACACAGAGGUGUACAAGCACACGCACAUACAUACACGCACGUACACGCACAGAUCUCAGGCUGACAUGCCUACACAUCAGACUGGUGAGGAGGUAGGAGGAGAAAAGGAAGGAGGACAAGAAUGUGUUCUUCCACUUAACGGAGCCCACUGUGACUGACUGUGAUGUAAAUAAAUCAAGGACAAUCAAUCUGUCUGGCUCUGCUGCUCUGGUCUGCAGAGAGAGGACCUGUGAAUCUCUUCCCUCGACUACUCAUAUCACACCCAGAGAAGAAGGAGGGAGAGAAAGACAAGAGGGACUGAGAGUCAGUCAGUCGCACAGUCAUAUAAACAGACUGUUACAGAGAACCAAAGAGUCCAAGUAUUAACUAACUACAGUAUGUUAUUGCUAUGAAAAGGCGAGUGGCAAGAAAGUUCCAGAGCAACAAAGAAAGGAAGAGGGUCUUAAUCUAUUCUACCGUACAUUAUGUUUACACAGAGCUCAUGGGGUUGUCAUAUUUUUAAAGAUGACGAACGUAUUCCUUGUACACUUAUAAUGACUGAUCAUUUGUUUGCAUGCAGGUGCGCCUGUGUGUAUGUGUGUGUGUGAGUGGUCAUGCUGUGCUUGCAGUAGG